AUGGAUCUCGACGUCGACGAUGAGGGCAGUGUAGAUGGUUCGGAAAAUAUGGAAAUCAGGAGCGACAGCCGCUCUUCACCGACCUUUUGUAGAUGUGGCGCAUACGACGAAAUCAUGGAGGCCACUAAGAUACUACGAAACAGAACUAUUGAUGCGGUCAAUAGUGAAUUGGAUCAGUUCGAAAAAGGACUGGCUUACCUCCUGCGUUCUUCGAGAGAAGCUCUCAGUAAUGAGGAUGAUGGUGCAAGUACCAGCAGUCAGAUGACGUUUGAAGAAUCGAGGAACAGUCCAGCGUGCAGCUUUCAGAGUCAGUCGCACAGUUCUCAGCUCAGUUCUGAGCGUUCUCCUUCCAUUGAUCUCAUUGUUAAUGACAUCGUUGUCAAUGCUUCAUUGUUACUGUUGUCGAAACUCAAAUUACAGUUUAAGCUGGAUUUGCUGGAUGUUCGAAAAGUUAAGCCAUUAUGGUUAGAUCAUCCUUUGCAAUUCGCAUACGCAUCGUUCGUGCCAUCGCGCGGCUCAUUGAGCACCGCUGCUCAGCAUGCAUCAGUUUGUCGCCAACUCAUUGAGCGUUUUUCUGCCAUCGCUGUUCAGUCCUUCCGACCGGAAGAAUGGGCUGAUAUUGUUAGCUGUUUCACUGAAAACCGCUGCCUUCCUGCUGAGUUCAUUGAACGCUACUGUCCGUCAGAUAUUUGGAAGCAUCCCCGUGAAACAGCUUUCAAAGCUGCUUCUGAUAGCAACAAGGCGGAGAGUCUUCUUUUACGCAGCAAUCGCUCUUCGUUUGUAAGUACUGGACUGCUUGGUCGAAUUCUAAAUUUCCUAUGGCCUCGAGAUCGCCUAUCCCUCUGUGUAGAGCAGCUUCUGUCGAAUAAGCGUUUUUCUCCGGAUGAAAUUCUCCUCAACAAUGCCGUGCACGUGUUUGACAUUCUAGACAGUGACUGGGUGUCUCUUGGGCCUUCCAGUUCCACUCUUGCAAUCCCUUUUAUAGCAGGAGCCUUGGCAUGUUUAGACAGUGCAGUAUCGGCUGCUGACGGGGAUUCAUUACCUAUAGUGGAUCUGCCCUUGGGCUGCUCUCUGGUCGAGAGUGUCAUUCGUUCAUCUGUUCCCUUUUCUUCCAACGACUCCGAAACGUUCGAGCACAUAUUUGUCAGCUUUGCGAAGUUAUUGCUAAAGAGUUCAAAGAAUCUUACGCAGUUAAUGCGAUUAGUAAAAGCAUUAGAAGGACUGUCGGUAUGGAUUGAUUUCACCGCUGCAAAAGGGAGUCAGCUACCUUUUUCACUCUGGAAUGCAGUCAGAGAAUUGCUAACAUUGCUGGAGCAACAAAUAGAGCAGAGUGCGAAAGAGGUCACGGCCACUGCAAAGGCAGUUCCGAUUGCUUCUCCGGAAGAACCAACAAAUGAUGAUACGGUGGCAGGGAACUGGCUUGAGUGUAUUCUUGAACAGGUCCCGGCUAUGCUCGAUCAUCAAUCUGCUGUUCAGUCACAAAUUGUAUCAGAAAUAGUGGAGAUAUCCAAACGGAUCGAGUUCCUACUUCGAUUGCUCGCUAAUGCCCGAGAUAUGUCCAAAUGCAAUAACUGCAUCUCUGAUGUCGUUGAAAAGAUUCAAAACCUGUCAAACAACGAGAUAGUUGGCGAAUUCCAAUCUACAUAUAUCACUCUCUCCCAAGGCGGUUUCAUCGGAGCCGAUCUCCAGACCAAACUUCUUCAUGAAAUCCUCAGCAGAGGCGGCCAACAAAAAACGCUUCUAUUGCGAACGAUCAUAUCUGGUGGUCGUAGUAAUCGGCCUCAGCUGGUCGCUGAAAUCUUCAAACACAGCCUCGAACGUUACGAGCAGGCAGUGGGGUCAAAAAUCUCGGAAAGACUAUGCAGGGAAGAGUGCACAAUACUGGAAGAGUUUUCUCACUCCCUGAAGAAAGCGCACGCCACGGACUUCGCCAGACAGACAUUAGGACUUAUAGAAAGGAUUAUCGCAGAUGAAAAUUCAAGUGUUAUCUUGGUCGAUGGCGUCACAUCGCUCUUGCUGACUCUUGUUCACAGAAACCAAGAAUGUCCAUGGACCCUCGAUCUCAAGAUGUUAGGCCGAAUUGAGAGUGAAUGGUCGAAAAUUAUCAACUCUUUUGCUGAAUUCUCUCUUCGCCACCCAUCUCAGUCGUUCCUAUGUGGCACAUAUUCUCUGCUCAUUUCUGAGCACUUUCUUGGCGCUGCGGAAUCUCUUGAUCUGCCAGUACUUCUUUUUGUUAUUCGCCAUCUUCCUCGCUUGAUCUCUGACCAAGGGCAACGUGAUGUGCAGAACUUCAAUAACCACUAUCCUGGUAUGGAGGCAAUCGUCAAGCAAUUCGUACAUCCAGAUAGUGUAUCCAAAUUAGCUGAUCGUGCUGUGAAACUGUUCGCUGAGACUCUAAAUGACGGAUGUUGGCAGAUUUACGUCCAGAGCUUCGUCCUUACCGUGCUUGUAAUCGAGAUCCACUGGAAAGAUGCGUGCAUUGGAUUGGAAGCCACGGGAGGCAUUGAUCGUUUGCACUGUAUGCUGUCGAUCUUAAAAAACGCGAAUACUACGCUUCUGCGAUGUUGGUGCCAUGGGGAAGAUGACUGCUUUGGCGAGCCUGGCAAUAAUGUGGAUGAGUACCUUUUACACCAGCAUCUUCGUUACGAAAUAUCCACACUUUUAUUACACGAAGUACAGGAGAAAUGGAAAAACAGCUUGGAGCAGACAACGCAGCGGAAGUACGCUUUUGUUACCUGUCAGAAACACUUCUCGCUGGAGCUACAAGUGCUCAACCAGUUCAGAGUUUUGAGAAGAAGGGAGUCUGUUCCGGAGCAAACGGCUUUGACUCCAGCGUUUAUACAGGUGUUGUCGAAUGUGCUUCAUAAAGAUUCGUCAUCGGAACUGUCGAAGCAGCUACGUUGUCUGCUAGCAGGUCGUCUCCUCUUUUUACCGUCAUGGCUUCGAUGCUCUCAUGCUCCCAGUGCCCUAAUUUUAAGCUUUGCUCCCAUCCUACAAGAUUUAAAAGAACAUUUAUGCAUUGUGCAAUGCGAGAUAGUGUGGGAGCAAUACUCCGACCGUCGCUUGGUUGAAGAUCUGCAUGAUUUCUUUGCUAUCACUGUGCAAUCCACGGAUCGUCUAGCGCAAACAGCCUUAACUUGGGCGGGGAGGCUAGCCACGGAUGGUCGCAACCGUCUGUCGAGUCUUGUGCCCCUGAAACGUCGAGAAGACGUCUUUCAUGAAGUUUUAAUGGUCAUUUGUAAUCAUGCUGAUUCUGAAACUCAUAUCGAGGUCCUCCGCCAGUGUGCUGACAAUCUGGCAUCAUGGAUUGAAGUUUCAACGGAAGAGGAAAACGUGAUGCGUGGUCAGGCCUUGUUAACGAGCGGAAAUCGUCUUGUAUUUCGACUUAUGGUUGUCUCUAAUUUGCUUGAGUAUUGUUCGGAACUUGGUAAAUACAAGGAACCCUAUAACAGCGACACAUACUUCAGCGACUCGGAAACACUGAAGAACAUCGUAACACGUCGUGGAGGUCCGACUGCGCUUCCAACUGUGGAACGUCGAAUGGAUGAGACUCGGUCCAACAGCAUUCCACUCUGUACAUACGCGGCAACCGAAAAA